AUGACUAUUGUUGCGAAUGCUAUCUCAUAUCGACAGAUAUCUAGGGGCAAGUGUCACGCUUGGACUGGAUAUGUUAAGUCUGUGAUAGGACUAACACUUGCGUGGGACAUGGUAUCUACUACAGUAGGCCACUGUAGGGGGCGAGGCGUGAUGAGAGCUCGGCUCCGGGCGCACACGUGUGAUGUAAUUUCUCUCGUUGAUUCCGUCACUCGAAAGGCAGUUGAAAGACAGCCUCAUAAGGUCAGAUGGCCUCAGAUGGCCUCAGAUGGCCUCAGAUGGCCUCAGAUGGCCUCGGAUGAGGUCAUUUGUCGUCCACACUCUGUCGUCCAGACGACAAUUAAUAUUCCAUUUACCCGAUAUAUUUUUCCAAAAAAAAUGGCAGCCUCAUACUUGGCCACGCCUGACCUCAUAUGA